AUGACGGAGAACAAGUGUCCAGUCCACCGCGUUGGCAACGUUGGCGGCGGCGGUACCAGGAACCAAGACUGGUGGCCCGAAGCCCUCAGGCUCAACAUUCUGCGACAGCACACCAAUGUCACGAACCCUCUUGGAGAGCACUUUGACUAUGCCGAAGCCUUCAAGUCAAUCGACUAUGAGGCGCUCAAGAAAGACAUUGCUGCCGUCAUGACCGACUCCAAGGAGUGGUGGCCGGCCGACUUUGGCCAUUAUGGCGGUCUUUUCAUUCGCAUGGCCUGGCAUUCUGCAGGUACCUAUCGGGUUCAAGAUGGCCGAGGCGGUGGCGCCCAGGGACAACAACGGUUUGCUCCUCUCAACAGUUGGCCUGAUAAUGUCAGCCUCGACAAGGCACGUCGUCUGCUGUGGCCGGUCAAGCAAAAGUACGGCAGCAAGAUCUCUUGGGCCGACUUGAUGGUCUUGACUGGCAACGUCGCUCUCGAGACGAUGGGCUUCAAAACCUUUGGCUUCGCUGGUGGCCGCGCAGACACGUGGGAAGCGGACGAGUCCACCUACUGGGGCAAUGAGAUGACUUGGCUCGGAAACGAGGCCCGAUACUCGCACGGCCACGAGGGCGUCAAGGGCUCUGGCGUCGUCGAUGCCGAUGAGCCGAUGACGGGCGAUGGCCACUCUCGCGACCUGGAGAAUCCUCUAGCUGCUGCCCACAUGGGUCUGAUCUAUGUCAACCCCGAGGGUCCUGACGGGAAUCCCGACCCUGUGGCCGCCGCCAAGGACAUUCGGGUCACCUUCAGCCGCAUGGCCAUGGACGAUGAGGAAACCGUUGCCCUUAUUGCCGGUGGCCACUCGUUUGGCAAGACCCACGGCGCGGCCCCGUCCGACAAUGUCGGUCCGGAGCCCGAGGGCGCUGAUAUUGCCCAGCAAGGCCUUGGCUGGAAGAACAAGCACGGGAGUGGUGUCGGCCCAGACACCAUCACUAGCGGUCUUGAGGUGACCUGGACCAAGACCCCGACCAAGUGGAGCAACAACUUCUUCGAGUAUCUGUUCAAGUUCGACUGGGAGCUUACCAAGAGCCCUGCUGGCGCAAACCAAUGGGUGGCCAAGAAUGCCGAGCCAAUCAUCCCCGAUGCUUACGACCCGAACAAGAAGCAGCUGCCGACCAUGUUGACCACGGAUCUUUCCCUGCGUUUCGACCCUGUCUACGAGAAGAUUUCUCGUCGCUUCUUGGAGAACCCGGAUCAGUUUGCCGACGCGUUUUCCCGUGCUUGGUUCAAACUCACCCACCGUGACAUGGGCCCGCGUGCUCGAUACAUCGGCCCCGAAGUCCCCAAGGAGACCCUGAUCUGGCAGGACCCUAUCCCCGAGCUUAACCACCCGGUUAUUGACCAGAACGACAUUGCUCACCUCAAGAGCGAGAUUCUUGCUUCUGGUAUCGAUACCGGGAAGCUCGUUGCGACUGCCUGGGCCUCCGCUUCAUCUUUCCGGGGCAGCGACAAGCGCGGCGGUGCCAAUGGCGCCCGAAUUCGGCUGGAGCCCAUGAAAAACUGGGAAGUCAACAACCCCAAGCAGCUUAGCCAGGUCCUCCAGACCUUGGAGGGCAUUCAGCAGAAGUUCCAGAGUUCCGGCAAGAAGGUGUCGCUGGCCGACUUGAUCGUGCUUGCUGGCUCUGCAGCUGUCGAGAAGGCAGCCAAGGACGCCGGAAUCAACGCGGAGGUUCCGUUUACUCCCGGCCGUAUGGAUGCGUCGCAAGAGCAGACCGAUAUUGAGUCGGUCUCGCAUCUGGAGCCCAUGGCCGAUGGUUUCAGGAACUAUGGCAAGUCCACGCCGCGCGUCAAGCUCGAGCAUUUCCUGGUUGAUCGGGCUCAGCUUCUGAACCUUUCUGCGCCGGAAAUGACAGUCUUGGUUGGUGGUCUGCGCGCCCUCAACACCAACUGGGAUGGUUCAUCUCGUGGUGUCUUCACUAAGCGUCCUGGUACUCUGACCAACGACUUCUUCGUCAACCUUCUUGACAUGGAUACAGUCUGGCAGGCCGCAGACAGCACUGGCGAUGUUUUCAAGGGUACCGAUCGUAAGACUGGUGCUGAGAAAUGGACUGCCACUCGUGUGGACCUGAUUUUCGGUUCACAAGCUGAGCUGCGUGCUGUUGCUGAGGUUUAUGCCAGCUCCGACAGUCCUGCCAAAUUUGUCCGGGACUUCAUUGCGGCUUGGACCAAGGUCAUGAACGCGGACAGGUUUGACUUGAAGGGCAAGACCAGCCACCAGGCCCGCCUUUGA